AAAAACCCUGAACUCUCAAAAAACCCCUGGAAAGGCGCGGUAAGGACCCAAACGACCACGUCGAACAGAAAUGGGGAAGAAGAAGAGAGCCGAAUCAGAAGCAGAAGCACAACCAGAAGAUAACAAAGUCGACAUUGCCAAUGGAGAUUCUCAUAAGAAAGAGAAGAAGAAGAAGAAGCACAAAGUCGACGGGGCCGCCGUGAUACCCACCGUGAGCGUCGCCGUCCCCGGUUCAAUCAUCGAUAACACUCAAUCCCUCGAACUCGCCACCAGAUUGGCCAGUCAGAUUGCUCGUGCUGCGACGAUUUUCCGAAUCGACGAGGUGGUGAUAUUUGACAAUAAGAGUGAGUCUGGCUCAUUGCCAGAAGCUGAUUCGGAUGAGAAUGAAAGUGGUGCUGCUUUUCUUGUACGAAUCUUGAGGUACCUUGAGACACCUCAGUAUUUGAGAAAAGCUCUGUUUCCGAAACACAACAGCUUAAGAUAUGUGGGUAUGUUGCCCCCGCUUGAUGCUCCGCACCAUCUGCGAAAACAUGAAUGGGGUCCGUUUCGGGAAGGUGUCACACUGAAAGAAAGACCUCCCAACCUUGUGGGAACAUCAGUUGAUGUGGGCUUGAGUAAGAAUGUCAUUGUUGAUCAAGUACUUGAUCCUGGAACCAGAGUUACUGUGGCUAUGGGGGCCAGUUGGAACUUGGAUGCUGAUAUCUCACGGCAGGUUGUCUCAUCCUCAAAGCCUAGGGAAGAAGCAGGAACUUAUUGGGGGUACAAAGUGCGCUAUGCUUCCAAUAUUACUUCAGUAAUGAAUGAAUGCCCAUACAAGGGAGGCUAUGAUCAUUCAAUUGGUACAUCAGAGCACGGUCAGAUUAUUAAUUCCUAUGAUCUCACUAUACCUACCUUCAGGCAUCUAUUGAUUGCUUUUGGUGGACUUGCUGGGUUGGAAGAGAGCGUUGAAGAGGAUGCUAACUUAAAGGCAAAGAAUGUGCGAGAGGUAUUUGAUUUGUAUUUGAACACAUGCCCGCAUCAAGGGAGUCGAACAAUUCGAACAGAGGAAGCCAUUCUCAUAUCACUUCAGUAUUUCCAAGAACCAAUCAGCCGAGCAUUGAAGAGAACUCAUUGAAGGACAUUAAGAAUUCCCACAGUUGUCAAGAUCACAGGGAACCUGAAAUCAAUUCACGAUUCUUCCUCAUCGUAACUUGGCUUCUAACGUCAUGAAAGGCGAGAAUGGCAAUUUUGUGGCAGCAGAUUAUCCUCUUCUUUUUUGUUCAUUUGUUUUUUCGCAACUAGUCCACAAGCUCAACCUUGAACUGCACGAUUAAGCGUACAAUUUGUGAUCCAAAUUAAGCUGAUAGGUUGGAAGGAAAGUAUGGUCAGAAGCGUCAAUGAUGUUGUAGUCCGGGUUAGUAUUGAAGAGCUUUUGUAUUGGCGCUUCGAGUAGGUGGAUCGAGCGCAGCUAGUGAAUUUCGGAGCAUGAGCUCAUUCUUUUCUUGUUGUAAACGCGUGAGACAUUUUUUUUUGGGAGCUGAAAUGGUUACAUCAUCUUACAAUUUGUUCAUUUUAUUGAUGAAAUCACUGUCCUUAAGAAUAUUUAUGAGAAGUUUUAGUUAACUUUGA